GGAAGGAAGGAGGUGAAGAUGAGAGGGAAGGAAGAGGGAAUAAUAGAGAGGAUGAGACGAGAUAAACCAUGUGGGAGGUGUAAAUCCUGCAUGGACGAAGCGGCUGUGAGAGGAGGAGAGGUAUGAAGAAUAGGAAGCUGUUGCAGGUGUCCCACGGGCAUGUUUGUCCUCUGGCCGUUCCACCUGUGUGUCUCUGCUCUGCACACAGACUCUCUGGGAGGGAGAAGAAAGACCAUCUAAAAAUAAACUGACACGCACCACCAGCAGAAAAUCAAAAACCAAACCGACAAAUAAAAGAAGAAAAGAAGAAUCUCUCUUUGUUUUUGUGGCUUUCACUCUGUUUGACUCUCUCCCUGCUCCAUUUCUGUCUCUCUGUCCUCAUUACGCGCCCAGAGGAGGUCAUGUCCCAGUCUGGAAAAGUCCUUCAUCUGUAUGUGGAAGUGAGGUCUGCCCCAGAUCAGAAUGGAGGGAAAGGGGCAUUUGGAGAAAAGGGAGAAGGGAUUGCACAGGGGCGUUCGGUUCAGGACAGUCCUGCGGAGCUCCUGUCUCAGCUAGCGACCCAGACGACCUGCCAGCCGGUUACCAAGUCCUCCACAGCUCAUCGUGUGGUUCAGGACUGCACACACCGCAGCCAGUCUCCAUCUCGAAACACUGUCAGCUUUCAGCUCCAGCAGGCCAGCGGCUCACCGACCGUCAGCAAACGUUGGAGUUUACCCUGUGACGGAGUCUCUGCCGUCCACUCUUCGCCAGUGUCUUCUUCGGGAAAGGUCGCCAUCCCUCACACACCUCCCAGCUGUCAGAGGUUAAACGAGAAGGAAGUCAGCGACGGGAAGCGGUCUGUGGUCACCUUCAGUUACAUCGAGAAGUCCAAUGUGAGGACGGUGGACAGUCCACGCAACUCUGUGCGCGAGAGAGGGACCAGAGAGGAAAGAUCCACCCCCUCCCACUUUCGAAAACGGCUCAGCGACCCAGUUUGGUUUGGGAGUCCCGAUUCAUCGUGCAGCUCCAGUCCAAAGCUGACUUUCCGGUCACCAGGAAGUCACCAGCAGACGUUCUCUCCCAGCCUUCGCCAACCACCCUUAGACCCCAUCGGCAGGGCAGCUACCCAGAGGGCUGUGGAGGAGUUUGGCUCUCCUUUACUGAGGAUUAAACUGGCCCAUGCACUUGAGCACGCCUCAUUCUCACGCUACAACCAACAGCCGCGCUGUCAGUCCUGGGCUGGGUCUCCUGUUCAGCGUCAGAACAUCAGUGUAAACCCCAAAGACCACAUCACAGAUAGGAGCCAGGCUGUUUGUGGGCUACCUCGGAGCCCAGCGUCAGACCAGCUAUCCUCCCAGUCCAGGCAGUCUCCUCACUCAAGGCCUGGGUCCUGUGUGGAGACCCAGAGCCCUCCUCACUGGUCAGGUGAGGAGAGAGCCAUGGCGGGAAGCCCAGCCACCAAAAGACACGUUUGCAGGGCCUGUAGCAGGAGCACUUCACCGCAGGGAGCAAUCCACCAACUUGGCAAUAAUGUAGUCGAGGGCUUGAACCAGUUAAGUGACAGUAAAUCCUCCUCUCCAGCUCACAGUCCUGAAGUUGCCCGUAGGCUAGCAGAGGAGGCUACCAAAGUAUCUUCUAUUUUCACGGAGGCGAGAAGGUCCUCACUGCACAAUGCUUUAGGCGAGCUCGCAAGCAGCUCGGUCUCUGGAGAAACUCACAACUCGCCUCCAAAUGCACAACAGUGUAAGCAAACGCUUAAGAUGAACAUCCCUUUAAACGAGCAACACAUGCCAGCAACUGACAACACGGACUCUCACCAGCCUGAAAACUCUGUCCUGCAGUCGCAUUCACAUGAAACAAACUCCCAUACUAAUUAUGAGAGUCGCCAGGAGGACUGCGUCCAGAAAUCCCAGCAUCAGACCUCGGUUUUAUCUGCGGCUCAGAGUUCACCCGCCCUUCCUUCACGUUUUUUCCGUCCCUCUCGUUCUCCCACCGAGCUCAGCUCCCCCGUCAGGGAUCCCAGGCUAUUCCAUGCUGAGCUCCGAACACCGGAUACCCCCACCCUGCAUCGCCGUCAGCUUCCGCAGUACACCGGAGACUCCUGGUCCCCGAGCUUGGACAGGAGAGGAGACCUGAGCUGUUUUGAGAAAGGGGAUUGCACUGAGCUCGCUCGUAGGCUCUUUAUCAAUCAGAGAGUUGAGGAGGCGCCGGUCAGCUGGACUUCAAGGCAGCAGUGGGGGAAUCAUGUGGACAGCAGCCCAAGGCCAAGCCCUCAGCCUGGCUUUGGGUCCAACAAUGUCCAACCUCCUGAUCGUCAACCCAGCCAACAUCGCAGGCCGCUCAGCCCCACAGCCCAGCAGAAACGGGCCGAGCAGAGGAGGAGAGAGAUCCUGCUUCUGGGACCAGUGGUGCUGGACUCCCCAGAGGAGGAUGAGGGUUGUGAUGGAGAAGGAGAGGGCAAUGAUGUGGAGGGAUACGGGGCAGGUCAGCAGCCUCGCCUGCAGAGGGUUGAAGAGCCUCCAGAGGCAGAACAGAACGGGCCGAUGGGAGGGUCGUCCUCGCGGAGCUCCAGUGGGGUGACGGGCAGCCUGGGGGACAGGGACUGUGUGUCCCCGGAGUCCAGCCAGUCCAGUCACCAGAGCAAUGAGACUGGGGCUGCCACCUCAGGAAUACAGACGGACAGUGGCUGUGCGGUGCCGGUGCCCUCGCUCCACUGUCAGAGGAUCGCUCGUGCCAAGUGGGAGUUUUUGUUCGGGGCCCCUGCUGAGGAGGCUGCCAGCAGGGGGGAGAAAAAUUCUCUGGAAAACUCUACAGCUCCUCCCAGUGGUAACUCCAGCGAGUCUCCCACCCCGACUCCCCCUUCCUCCCUGCCUCUCCUCUCUGCCAAUCACGAGGUGCAGCAUGUGGAGGUAGAGCUGGUGACCCCUCCCCCGGCUGUGAUCGGGACGUCACCCAAAACCGGCAUCAUUCGCCGCACGCUCAAGUAUUCAGAAACCGACCUGGAUGCUGUCCCGCUUCGCUGCUACCGCGAGACAGACAUAGACGAGGUGCUGCUGGCUGAGCAGGACGACGCCGACUCUGCGUUUGGGAGUAACCGCAGUGUGCAGGGGACUUCAGGGACAGGCAGCAGCCCCCUGGGGGGUCUGGCUUAUGGGAGGACAGAUGGGGAGGAGGUAGAGGAGAGAACAGGAGGAAGGGAGGAGGAGGAGGAAGAGGAAGAUGAGGAGGAGGAGGAAGAGGAAGAGAUGGUGAGCUGGGCCAGUGUGAGGAUGCAGGGAGACAACAGGAAGCAACAGUAUGCAGCUCAGGAGGAGCCAGAGGUGUUUGGACACCUACUGAAAAGACCAAUGGAAACGUUUUUUGACAACCACCACCCAGCCCUGAAGUCCCCCAUCUUGGUCUCUGGUCCUCGCUGCGCUGCAGAGGACACCUUCAGCCGCCACUUUGAGAGCAUCAUGGAGUCUCACCGAGCCAAAGGGACGUCGUACAACAGCCUGGACAGCGAGGAGCUGCUGACCUCCAGCACUCAAACUGUGCUGACCUUCGACCUGCCCACGCUAACCCCUGCCAUCCACGGGCUGGUCUGCCAGAGCGCCAGGCAGAUCGUCCAGCUCAGCUUUGCCCCACUGGCACACGACGAGAGGCCCAGUCUGUCCGAUUCUAUCUUUACUGUGACCGGGGACUCGGACGCGACCAGAGCCCCCUCCAGCGAGAGGCUGAGCAGCGGUUCAGACGGCACGCCUUCCAGAGGACGAGAGUAUGCACAGCUGGGCAGCAGCUGGUGCAGCAACCCUUCUUUCUCUUUACCAAGCAGGGAGAAGGCCCGCCUGGCGACCGACUCGGAGCUGGACCAGGACCUCAGCGACAGGCUGGGCCUGGGCAGCAGUGACACCCUCACCAACGGCAGCCACCGCGCCGAUGUGGCGGCCGCCAAACGCCUCGCCAAACGUCUCUUCAACUUGGAUGGCUUCCGGAAGUCUGACGUAGCUCGCCACCUGAGCAAGAAUAAUGACUUCAGCCGAAUGGUUGCAGAGGAGUAUCUGAGUUUCUUCAACUUCACAGGCCUCGCUCUGGACCAGGCGCUGCGGACUUUCCUCAGGCAGUUUGCCCUGAUGGGGGAGACUCAGGAGAGGGAGAGGGUGCUGUCACACUUUUCUAGGCGUUAUUUGGACUGCAACCCAAAAGUCAUGCCAUCAGAGGAUGCAGUUCACACUCUCACCUGUGCUGUAAUGUUGCUGAACACUGAUCUACACGGUCAAAACAUUGGGAAGAGGAUGUCGUGCACACAGUUCAUUGGCAAUCUGGAAGGACUGAAUGACGGCCAAGAUUUUCCCAAGGAUCUGCUUAAAGCUCUCUACAACUCAAUCAAGAAUCAGAAGCUGCAGUGGACACUCGACGAGGAAGAGCUGCGGAAGUCGUUCUCGGAGCUCGGGGACAGCCUGUGCGACUCCAGCACCUCCAGGUCCAUGAAGAGGGUGGGCAGCAGCGGGAAGCCCCUGUCGGAGGAGGCGCAGCCCACGGGGACGCUGCUGUACAAGAACGGGUUCCUGGUUCGCAAAGUCCACGCCGACUCGGACGGCAAGAGAACACCAAGAGGGAAAAGAGGCUGGAAGACCUUCUAUGCCAUCCUGAAGGGGCUAAUUCUUUAUCUGCAAAAAGGGGAAUACAGGCCCGAUAAGCAGCUCUCUGAUGAGGACCUGAAGAACGCCGUGUCCAUCCACCACUCUCUGGCCAUGAAAGCUUCCGACUACAGCAAGAGGCCCAACGUGUUCUACCUGCGGACCGCGGACUGGAGGGUGUAUCUCUUCCAGGCACCGAACGCAGAGCAGAUGCAGUCCUGGAUCACGCGGAUCAACACGGUGGCCGCCAUGUUCUCGGCUCCUCCUUUCCCAGCAGCCAUUGGCUCUCAGAAGAAGUUCAGCCGGCCGCUGCUGCCGGGGACGAUGUCAAAGCUGUCUGAGGAGGAGCAGGUCAGAGCCCAUGAAGCUCGAUUCAGAGCCAUCUCCACUGAGCUGGCUGAGCUGCGCUCUUAUCCUCCUGACCGCAAGGUCAAAGGGCGAGAGCUGGAAGAGUACCGCCAGCGAGACGAGUAUCUGGAGUUUGAGAAAACACGGUAUGGGACUUACGUCAUGCUGCUGCGAGCUAAAAUCCGGAGCGGUGAGGAGGACCUGUCUGUGUUUGAGUCCCAGCUCCUGGAGGACAAUGGGCUGCAGAGGGCUCACUCCAGCCCCACGCUGCAGGACAGCAGCCAGGCCAGUCAGGCCAGCAGCACCAGGGACGGGGGCAACAGCAGCAAAGCCAGCGGCUGCAGCAGCAAAGUUCGACAGGAAGGCCAGAGACACAGCUACCGACAGGCCGUGAAGAAGUGAGACAGGGCGGGGGCGCCGGGAGCGGCACGGCGUUGCACUGCCAGCGGCAGGCUGUCUCCCUGCAUAGGUUUUUAUUUGAGAUCCAGGAGGGUUUGGAGCUCUGCUUGAAGGGGGAGCGGGAGUGAGGGUCUACCCCACGCCCUCCCCCAAACCAUGACGCCCUACCCGGCACCCCAAUCUUCUCAUCUAACAGAGGAGGUGCAGAUCCUGUGACUGGCGGAGAGGCUGGGGAACACCAGCGAGGAUGUUGGAGCGGGAGGUGGGAGGAACAGCUGGGAGGUCACAGAUCUGCAGAGACGAGGUGUCUUUGAGGAGGGAGGCUGGUGCAGCAGCAGACUGUUCUGUGCACUGAGAUAAAGAGGGUGCUUACAGAUUGAACAGGGCACCACACAGGGACCUACAUCCAGCAUCCUUUCCUUUUCUCUCCAGCCACGCUCUCCCACCUUUUUUCUUGACCUUUCACUCAGUUUUUGGGACCAAACACGUUUACACAUUUUAAAACAUCACAUUUUAGACGACUGAUGAUUUGAUUUCAGUUGAACUGUUGCCGCCGCUCUGAUUCGAGUCCUGUAAAACUGGACUUGUCAAACGUCACCGGGUCUUACGGAGCCAUUACAUUCCAGCUCCUUUUUUGCCACAUCACCACGGUGUGUUCACAUUCCAUACGGGAGCUGGACAUUACAGCUUUUAGCUCCUGUGCGUAUGUCACUGAAGGCGGUAUCAAGCUGAGUCCAUGGACAGUGCACAACACAUCAUGAAGACGUGUUGAGGGUGCGGCUGCAGUGUACGACAUGAUGAGAUGGUGCAGCUCAGUGCAGCUCGUCUCUCCUCUUCUCUCUAAUCACUGAUGGCCGGUUAGAGGCGACAGCAUCAGUAGAAGCUCACAGUGCUCCUGAUAUGCAGCAGCGUAACUGCGUCUCAUCAAAAGAGGUCUUUUUUUUUUUCUCUACUCGAGCAGACGAUUUCUUUCCCAGUUGCUUUUUGCUUCUGUCCCGUGAUGUGCUUCUGUUCUCUUUCUACUUCUUGGCCGAAUGUUGUUUUCUCCAGUGAGCCGCAUGCCUGCAUCCAGCACAGCUUCUUUUAGGCCUUUUACUACUUUGAGGGCAAAACUGAGAGCAGCAGAGUUGUUCUUUAGGGUCAUUUAGUCCUUCUCUUCAUGCCGGUGCCAUACUCCAACCUGUGUAAUCUUUGUCUGUACUUAUAGCCUCUCAUUUAUAAACCCUAUUUUAACACUCACCAGGCAGACCCUGAAUGUUCUUGUUUUUCAGUAUUUUUACAGUAUUUUACAGUCGUUUGUUGAUGUUGAACCUACUCCUCCUGUGUAUGUCAAUUGUAUGAUGAAAUAUGAUAUUGAAAAUGUAAAAGGAAAUAUGUUAUCCAUGCUCUUUGUAAACAUCCAGGAUAUGUUGUAUAUAACGCACCAUCUGCUGUAGGCUUAUAUUGUAGGAUAUAUGACAGUAUAUUUACAAUAUAUUCAACGCACUAUUGCGAAGAUGCAUUAGGUACACGCAAAGUCUUGUAAGUCCGAGUGUUACACAAUAAUCAUGUUGUUUUGUUUUCUUUUCUGACAUGGUGUUAAUAAUUCAGCACAAUAUGAGUAUUAUAGUAAAGCCUAUGUACCGAUCAAAGAUUAGUAAGUGAUCAGAGGGUGUUUGUGGUGAGAUUACGCCACAUGGUGGAGAUAAAAAGGGUUUCGGCUGCUGUGGGAGGUAUUCCAAAGACAGCGCUCGCUCUGACGGAUAGCAUGAUUUUAAUGGGAUCAGAGUUGAUACCGUUGUUGGAGAUGCAUGAAAAAGGUGUGGUAUAUUUAAAAAAAAAAAAAAAAAAAGGAAGACUGUGAUAAUGAAACUCCUCAUUUAGGAGGCAGUGGGUGGACUGGUCUAAAUACCAAACCACAUAAUGUUUGGAACAUAUGAUUUUGGUAGCCAUAUACACCUCAUUGCAUUAUAUUGAUGUAUAGCCAUUUUCUACUCAGGCUUUAAAAUGACACCUUGAGCAGCUGCAGUGCCAGUGUCCGACCAGCAGGGAGAGCUGUCAACAUUCAGCCAUAAUCGCACCUGCUGCACCUGCAGUGAAUAUGCAUGGCAUCACCCACUCACCUGAGGAUGGGGAUGGGAUUUGCAGGGCUAAAUGAGACAGGACCUGACUGUAUAACUAUGGAUGUCAAGUCUGUGUGUUUGUGUGUGUGUGUCUGUCUUGCCGCGAGGUGUGUGAGUGUUAGUGUGUGCAUGCUGUGCUGGGCGUUCAGAGUGAAGUGACUGAAUAUUCAGGCUUAAUCAGACAAUAGAGUUUUGACUCUUAAUCAUGUUCCUGUCUGGAGUUUAGGGCUGAGACUAUUGUCGAUUAAUCAAUCAGCUGAUCGACAGAAAAUGAAUCUGCAAGUAUUUUGUUCAUCAAUUUACUGUUGAUUUGCCAAAUAGUUCCCAGCGUCUUUACACAUGAGGAUUUUCUUCUUUCAUUGUCUUAUGUGAUUAAAAAACUGAGUAUAUUUGAAUUUUAGUUUGUCAGACAAGAGAGCGGCCGAGCUGCUUCUAAUGAUUAUUUUCCUUAUUGAUUAGUCACUUGAUUAAUCAUUUGGUCCAUAAAAUAUCAGGAAAUAAUGAAAUAAUCAAAUAUCUUGUUUUUCUCCAAACAACAGUUCAGAACCUCAGAAUAUUCAGUUUAUAAUUGUAGAAGACUUUAAUUUUAGUUUUGAUGUUUUUUCUUAUAAAUUACCAAAAUAGUUGCUGCUGAUUUUUUUAAAUCAUUUAAUUAACUAAUCACUGCAGCUCUGAAAAGAAGAAGCUCAAAGACACUUGUGAUUCCUGUUUUUCUCUAAAAUGAAUCCAUCAGGAGAAAUAUCAUUAGUUGAUAUCACGUCUCUCGUCUGCAACUUUCCUUCACUUCUGUCGUGUCACUUUUCACUCUGGUGGUUUUUAAAAAGUUUAUGUGUAUAUUGUUGCCAUAACUGACAUCCUGUACCUUUAACCAGUUACGUAACGUGACGUAACAGAUGUGUAUUUAUUUAUAGUCUUUGAAUCUGCUGUUUAUAAUGUGGCCAAACUGUCAAAGAGCAGCCAGACUCAUGUCGAGUGUCGUUCAUGGUCUGCUGAGGGGAAGGACGAUGGCUUUUGGUUCAAAAAGUCCCAAUUUGAUUCAUUCUUGAAGAUUCAGUCAAAAUUCUUUUUAUUUCACUUCUAAGCAGCUGUCACCUACAUCACUUUUUGAUCAAAAUAACCGUUUUGUAAAGAUUAGAAUCAUUUGAUUGUGAUUUUAUCCCUGGCUGUACCGUUUAUAACAAGCAACCACAGUCUACAUACAUCAUUUAGCACAAUCCAUCAGUAGGUGUUGUGGGGUUUUAUAUCACAUCACACAAACUUCCUCAGCACAUGGAGUUUUGCCCAGUUGCCAUAAAAAUAUAGUUAUUUAAAUUUUUGUCUCCUGAGCACUUUUUGUGUAGGGUUGUUUUUGUCACCGGCUGUUUCCGAGGUCGAGAAUGAAAUUUCAAUCUCAAAUGUACAUAAAACAAUCAAUCCAUCAAUCAUUCACCUACAGUCGCUCUGACAACUGAUUCAUCUUCAGUCAGUUUUCAAGCAAAAUCUUUUUUAUUAUUAUUAUUAUCAUUACUUUGGUUCGGUAUCUCUUCUACUCAUUCUGACUUUUUGGCUGUAAAAUGUAAGUUUCCCUUCAUAGAAGACCAGGGUUAUGGCUGUAAUCUAGAGGGUUGAAGAACAGUAAAAACUUUAUUUUGGGUACUGGGUGUUUUCGGGCUUGUGCACAACAGUGGGGGUGUCUGUUAAUGGUUUAAUAGGAAAAUGUUUUUCUUUUUUUUACACGAGUUACUGGAGACUGUGCUGAAAUAAGAUCCAAAAAGUAACAACAAAUCAACAACAGCGAGUGCAAUAACUUCAGCCUUCUGCGUGUUGUGUGUAUUCUGGGCACAGGCUCUAUACAGGCCAAACAUGUACGGACACACGUGGUAUAAAAGGAAGGCAAUUCCUCAGAUCCUCCACCUUGGCAAAGUCUCCAAGGUCCCCUCCCCUCUCCUCCCCUCCCUCCCCACCUCCUCUCUCCAUGUGUUGUCACCACUCACUGACAUCGAAGAGCAGCUGCAGGAUCUCCUUGGCACUGGUUAGCAUGGAAAUGGCUGGUUCCCCUGGUGACGGCUCUGUGAUGCUCAAGUGAAAGUCACCCCGUUGUGCUGCAUCCACAGCAGCAGAACACCUCUGUUAAAGCAGCAGUGCAUGCCUGCAGCAGUCUGGGCGAACUGUCCUCUAACUGUUUCCAUCACAGCCUCGUUUCUGAAUGUGACAUGUAAAUAAAGCAUGAGAUAUUAUGGCCUGCUUUCAUUUAUAUUAUGGUUAGAGCAUUAAAUGAAGGGUUAAUAUAUAAGGUAGGUCACAUUUUUUUUCCUGUCCUUGAGCUCAUGGUCUUUUUUUUUUCUUUUUUAUUAUCAAUGUGAAUGAAGGAAAUGGAUAUAUUUAAUGCUGUUGUAUGCUGUUGUGUUUUAGAGAAUCGAGCCAGCUCAUACAAAUCUUUUUACAUGUAAAGGUCUGAUGUGGUCCAUGUCAGUGUUUUUAAGACUGGUGCAGGUAAGGCAAUGUUCAUUUUAUGCUAUACAUACAGUGAACUACAUGUGUCACUGCCUUGUUAAAACUCACCAAGGAAAUGUUGUU